CAUUCAAUGCCUUAAAUGGCACAGUCAUCAUCAGUGUUGUUCACCAUCAGCAUCCUGACCUUGCUCUCGCCCUCCUGCCUGUACCCUUUUGCCCUCCCAGCCCUCCCCAGCCUCCCCAACUUCCACACCAUCCUUAAUCUGCUAUUUGGCAUGGUCAUGCACUAUACUCUAGUCCUCCUACCCCUCAUGCCAUCACUGUCGUUGUUGUUGUUUUGGUCAUCGUGACGGUUGGCUAUGCAUAUAUACACCCUCCUAGUGGUAGAUGGAGGCGGAUCUUGCGUUAUCAAGUGAAUGAGGCAUCGUUAAUGCAUUUGGAAGCCAUAGUGAACAGUGAUUGGCCCCGAUUUCGAUGUGGGGGAUGCUAGAUGGGUCACAACAGCAACAGGACGAGGUUUAAUGGCAGUGGCAAGAAUUGAUGGGCACCAUAGUAAAAGGGUGAUGGUGGUAGUGCAACUCUCCAUUGUUUGGAGGGGGGAAAUGAUGCUGCCUUGCAGGAGGGCUUACGUGCAAGC